AACAUGCUGCCAGUCCAAACGCGACCGGACCAGUUUGGACUGUAUUCCCCAGUGCAACUCUCCAUCUGUUCCCCACCAAAUUUGCCCAUAGGCUUAUUUUUUAAUUAAAAAAACCAAGAGGUUUUUUUAUUGGACUAUGCUCAGUACAAUCUCAUCCAUGAAUUGGGGCACGGUGGAAAACUCGUAGUAUAGUCGCCGCCUUGCAAUCUCUCUCUUUCACGUGUGUGCAUAGCCAGAAGCAUCCAUUUGGGAACAGGUUGCACGAGAGGUUAUUUUUACCCCGUCUUUUUUUCCUCUUAAUUUUUUUGGGUGCUCAUUUUUUUUGCAACAAUGGCUGACAGUAAUGCAGAAUGCAAUAUCAAGGUAUUGUGUCGUUUUCGUCCACUCAACCAGUCGGAAAUCCUCCGUGGAGAUAAGUUCAUCCCAUUAUUUCAAGGAGAAGACACAGUCAUCCUUGGGGGGAGGCCCUACGUCUUUGACCAGGUGUUCCCCACCAACGCCACCCAGGAGCAGGUCUACAACACCUGUGCCAAGCAUAUUGUCAAAGAUGUUCUCGGAGGAUACAACGGCACUAUCUUUGCCUAUGGCCAAACAUCCUCGGGAAAGACGCACACAAUGGAGGGAAACCUCCACGACCCCCAAGGGAUGGGCAUCAUUCCUCGAAUUGCUGAAGACAUUUUCGAACACAUAUUUGCCAUGGAUGAGAACCUAGAAUUCCAUAUCAAGGUAUCCUACUUUGAGAUCUACAUGGAUAAAAUUCGUGACCUUCUGGACGUUACAAAAACCAACCUGUCAGUGCAUGAAGACAAACACAGAGUUCCUUACGUGAAGGGAUGCACAGAGCGUUUUGUCACAAGUCCAGACGAGGUGAUGGAUGUGAUAGACGAGGGCAAGGUGAACCGCCACGUCGCCGUCACCAACAUGAACGAGCACAGCUCCCGCAGUCACAGCAUUUUCCUGAUCAGCAUCAAACAAGAGAAUGUGGAGACUGAGCAGAAGCUGAGCGGGAAGCUUUACCUGGUGGACCUGGCUGGGAGUGAGAAGGUCAGCAAGACGGGUGCAGAGGGAGCGGUGCUGGACGAGGCCAAGAACAUCAACAAGUCCUUGUCGGCCCUCGGCAACGUCAUCUCAGCUUUGGCCGAAGGGACGAAGUCUCAUGUGCCGUACCGUGACAGCAAAAUGACGCGGAUCUUACAGGACUCUCUGGGGGGGAACUGUCGCACCACCAUGUUUAUCUGCUGCUCUCCCUCCAGCUACAAUGACACAGAGACCAGGUCUACGCUCAUGUUUGGCCAAAGAGCAAAGACCAUCCGAAACACUGUGACAGUGAACCUGGAGCUCACAGCCGAGCAAUGGAAGAGAAAGUACGAGAAGGAGAAGGAGAAGAACAGGUCACUGAAGGAAACCGUCCAGAGGCUGGAGGCUGAGCUUGGCUGCUGGAGGAAUGGUGAGGUUUCAGCAGUGUUGGAUCAUGAGGAUCAAAGGUCAGAGGAAGACGCAGACCUCAUGCUGCCGUCGCCCGACUCUGAGGAGGCGGUGCUGGAUAUCUGCAGCCCUUGCUCCCUCGCCUCCUCCAUUGUGGUGCACAUCUCGGAGGAAGAGCGUCACAAGUACGAGGAGGAGAUCCGGAAGCUUUACAAACAGCUGGAUGACAAGGAUGCUGAGAUAGACUACCAAAGCCAGAUGGUGGAGAAGCUGAAGGAGCAGAUGCUGAAGCAAGAGGAGUUCCUGGCGUCCUCCAGGGGUGAUGGCGAGAGGGUGCAGUCGGAGCUGGGCAGGCUGCAGUCGGAGAACGAGUGCGCCAAGGCGGAGGUUAAGGAGGUGCUGCAGGCGCUGGAGGAGCUGGCGGUCAACUUUGACCAGAAGAGCCUGGAGGUCGAGGAGAAGAGCGUGCAGAACAAGCUGCUGGCUGAGGAGCUUGCCAAGAAAAUGGCUCGCCUCAUGGCGUUGGAGGCGGAGCUUUCUCGCAUCCAGGAGGCGAGCCGCCACCAGAGGAAGCGCAUUGCAGAGGUCCUGAACGGGCUGAUGCGGGAUCUGAGCGAGUUCAGUGCCAUCGUGGGCAACAGGGACAUUCAACUGUCCCUUGAGAUCACAGGUGCCAUCGAGGAGGAGUUCACGGUGGCGCGGCUCUACAUCAGCAAGCUUAAGUCAGAGGUGAAGUCCAUGGUAAAGCGCUGCCGCCACCUGGAGAACCUUCAGGCCGAGUGUCACCGCAAGAUGGAGGAGGCAGGUCGAGAGAUGUCCUCCUGCCACCUCCUCAUUGGGCAGCACGAGGCCAAGAUUCGCUCACUCACAGAGUACACGCAAGACUUGGAGCUGAAGAGGAGACAGUUGGAGGAAAGCUGCGACUCUCUGGCAGAGGAGCUGUCCAAAGUCCAGGCAGGAGAGACCAUGUCACAGUUGACUACGAGGGAGAAUUACUCUGUCCAGGAAUCCUUUGACAUCCAGAAGGCUCUGGAGCAGCAGAUGGAGUCACACCGCGCGAUGCACAGCGAGCAGGUCGGCCGUCUGCGCGACAAGAUCAGUGAACAGCAGAGGAUCAUCAGCGACUUAACAGACUAUAACCAGAAACAAGAGCUGGAGCUGGAUCAACUUCACGGAGACUAUGAGCGUCUCCGGAGCCGAGAGCAUCAAACGAGUCGACAGCUGGAGGACCUGACAUUUCUCCACGAGCGACAUGAGCAGUCAAAGCAGGAUCUCAAGGGACUGGAAGAGACGGUCGCUCGUGAGCUCCACACCCUCCACAACCUACGCAGGCUGUUUGUUCAAGACCUCACGACUCGAGUUAGAAAAAGUGCAGAGCUGGAGCCUGAUGAUAGCGGAGGAUACAUCACCCAAAAGCAGAAGAUUUCCUUUCUUGAGAACAACCUGGACCAGCUUACAAAAGUUCACAAGCAGCUUGUACGUGACAAUGCAGACCUCCGCUGUGAGCUUCCGAAACUGGAGAAACGUCUUCGGUCUACAGCUGAGCGGGUCAAGGCUCUGGAGGGUGCGCUAAAGGAGGCCAAAGAGGGCGCCAUGAAGGAUCGACACCGCUACCAGCAGGAGGUGGAGCGCAUCAAAGAUGUGAUGAGGGUGCGAAAUCCUUUCCGUCGUCCUCACGCUGCACACAUAGCCAAGCCUGUGCGUGCUGGCCACCACUCACCCACUCACACCGUUUUCAUCCGAGGCUACAGCGAUCACCCUGUCGUUAUGACCGAUGAUGUUCCUCACGACGACGCACAAGCUCCACAAGCUGAUGUUGCCGCUCCGGCACCAGAAGGUGAACGCACUGCACCUGAAACCAACCAGAACCGGCCUGCCAAGCACUUUGACCACCAGAACAAUGCUCAGAACAUGCCUCCUGCAAGCCAAAAAGACACUGCAGAGAUGCUUGAUUCGGAAAAUGGAAACACCACAGACAUCAAUGACAACAGCACGUGUUUGAAUGUCAACGCCGUGUCCUCGACUGACAUAUGUGACAACCGGGACCCGACCAAAUUCAGCAGCUUGCACUCGGAGGCCACCGCCAGCUAAUAGAAAAGCCAGCUAGGCUCACCUUUUACUUUACUCUCCAAAUCUGUAUGCAGAUGAUCAGCCAUCUUUGUAGCUUCAUUGUCACCUGCUGAAAACGCACCUCCAUCUUCCUUGGCGUCGCCUUCCUGUCCCCUGCUGCUCCUUCUUCUUCCGUUACUUCCUUCCUGUGUGACAUGGCGAAGACUGCAUUGUAGAUGGAAAUGUGCAGUGCUGGAGAUGACCACCGGACAGUGCAGCCUUGUAUAUUACUAUUUAUGUGUUUUUUUAACAUACUGUCUUGUUAUAUUUUGCUAGCCUCAUCCAAACCAACCACCUGUUAAUACAGUAUGUGCUGUACUUGUAUGUCCCUCAACCAAACCCGUUAUAGAAUAUACUGAAAACAUAUAUAUUACAAAAUGAUAUUUUUCAAUCUAAAAAAAGUAUAAAAGUUAAAUAUUGUCCUUCUACCGCUAGAGCGUGUCUUUCUCGUAAAAGGUUUCUCAUACUAGAGUAAAUUAUGCAUCUGUUGGGGUCUAUUUUUAGCCUUGAAUGAAUGCACAUUUUAGUGAAUAUUCCCUGCAGAGAGUAUGUGUACCGUCUGUGUGUGCAUCAGUGUUUAUAGUACCUUGUCAGGGGGAUAUGAUCAUGUAGCCAGGUUCAACACUCACCUCCGCUUGGUGUCAAUCCCAGAUGAUGUUUGCAUCUGACCUUUACUACUCAAACUGAUGGAACAGUGGGAGAAAAACAUAUUUACAGUCUCAUUCAACACUGUAUUCCCAGUAGAUCACCACGCUUUGUUCAGUACCUUUUCAAUUGACACAAACGUCCAACAAUGUCUACAUAUUAACUACCUGCAAAGCCAUCCACUCGUUUGUUUCACUUGUGGCGACAGCAAGAACCUUUGUGAUAAAUUAAAUGUGAAUGCAAGAGAAGGAGGACCUUAGUCGUCAUCAUCGGCACAAACCUGAAUUGCAGCUUUUAAGCCGACAACACAGGCAAAAUCAAAAUAAAAAGGCAUACGCAGGAAAGAGCAUCAAACACAAAUCACAUAGAAAAUAACUAGAUUGAUUCAAAAAACAAAUUAGUCAAAGCCAGCAAAUGAUUUUCUUGAUUACUUGUUGCUAGGCAGAUAUUGUUGCGUACAGUCCUUGUGUACUAAUAGCAAAAUUGGCAUACUCCAGUCUCACCAACUACAGGUGUUCCGUGUUUUUGGCUACAUUCACACUGCAGGUCAAUUCCGAUUUUUUUGCAUUUUUUUAUGUCAUUAUGAACAGUACAAUUCCAGUUUUUUCCAAAUGUGACUCAGGCCUCAUUCAUAUGUAGAUAUAAAUCUGAGAUGUAUCCAAGUUACUGCAGUCUGAAUGGUGAGGUCGCAUACAUCUGACCUACCACGCGAGACGUGGAUAAUGGUAUUCACUGAUGUACGCAAACGUUGUCCUUGUCAUCCGAAAAUUAUUUCAAAAGUCUUGCCCUCUUUCUUCUCAAUCUUAAUCGUUUGUUUAAGAAAAUGUUGACUCCCGUUGCACCGAAUCUCUGAAAUUGGCAAUGUUUACUUCUGUAAACACACGGAAGAAGCGCGUGACGUGGUGCUUUUGCGCUUCUUAGCACUUUUUUGUUUUCACAUUGAUAAGUCACGUUUUUCUGCUAAUAUGAACGACCACAUAAAAGAUGGGAUUUUAACAAAAAAAUCUAAAUUGAGCAUCAUUUUGCCUGCAAUGUGAACAAAGCCUUAGUCUAAGUCUGCUCUUCCACCAAAAUCAACUCACACUGUACACAGGACACAUGAAAGCCAUAAAAUAAAGGAAUAAAACACUCAAUGAAACAGUAAUAAAAAAGAAAAUUGACAAACAAUAGCAACCUUUCCAUGUCAAUAUUAAGACCACUACACUAGUUACUACUGUCACUUCCAGAGCAUCAGUGGCAUGGCAGUUAUGUGUCGUGUAAGAUGAGUUUUGUGAUUUCCGAACAUCUGUGGAUGUGACGUGUUGGACAGUUGAGUUUGCAGACAGUAGCCUGUUUUGCUUUUGCAAUAAAGAGAUUCUUGAUCGGCCGGCCACCUCCUCGUCAUCCUUACAGCAUCUGAGUAGACAUUAAAAUACAAUCUUUAUCCUUAAUUAAAGGUCGCGACAGACCAGUGUUGAGAGUAGUGUGGGUUGUGUGAGCUUCCGCGGCGCAUCGCGCUAUAACUACUUCUCGAGGGAGUCUUGUGUUUUCUUGGCCACUUGGGGCAGAGGCCUAAGCUGUGCCACACGUUUAAGGAAGGACAAGGAGAUAUGACAAGAACAGGAAGUCGAAAUUAUGAAAUUGAUGUACAGUCGAUCCCCGCAUAUUCGCGAUUUAGCAUUUGCGACCCCGCAAAUUUGUGGAUUUUUAGUCAAGAAUCUUUUUUUUUCUCUGAAAAUAGCCCAUUUUUCUGCUGAAAACACGUCUUAUUCACCUUAAGUUGGUAACAAUCUAUAAAUAUGUGAGAGUAAAGCAGAACAUGUACACAAUAACAAUACGGUUUAGAGUACAGCAAGAUGGUGGCGCCCUGUGUGCACUUUAGAGAGAGAUGGAGGCGGCCCCCAUGGCCCUGAUAGAAGCGUGAUUGUAGCACUGGCCUGCCAACCAAGCUAAAGGCUAGACUGUGACUCCGAUUCCAUCUGCACUCUCAGUCAUCUCACAUUAUCAUUCAUUAGUGAGUACAUACAUAUGCCUUUAGUAAGGCAUACUUAAACUUGGAUUGCAUUUAGCUUGUUAGCUCAUGAACAAUGGCAAUUGAAGAGAGAUGGGGAGGGUUCUGGAACUGAAUCUAAUAAUUACAACAGUCACUUUUAUUGCAAAUGUUGAUUUGAAAUUGGAGGAGUACAUCAACAUCAAGCUAGCAGGAGGGUUGAGAGGGGGAGGCGCGAGCCGGUGUAGUCACAGGUGGCACCUCGAUGCACUUGACUUUAUUUGAGUCUGGAAAAUAGACUUUGUUAGGGCCGUCUCAAUUACUCGGGUUUACUUGCUAUUUGCAGGUGGUUUUGGUGCUUUUCGGACAGUAACCCCUGCGAAUGGCGAGGAUCUACUGUAUACACAUUAUUUCUCUUGCUUUAUAAACCACUGUUACUCUGCCAAAUGCAAAAGACGGAGACAAAUGUGCAAAAUACUAUGGUGUGAUAUUAUCAAGUGUCAGGGUUUGCAUGGGAAAAAAAGAUGUCUAGCAACUAUUUUUAUAUGUGUAUUACUCUCAGCUUGAGAGAACGUCGAACUUGUUUAGUGUCUUUUUAAUGAUUAGCCGCUGUUGAAUGUGCAACAUUUAUUUGAAUGGUUUAGCAUCGCACCUUUGUUUAUUUAUUUAGAGAAAAAGACUCAACUGAAGCCAAAUUCCUGGAUAAAGCUUAGGUUACUGGAGGUUAUCGAGAACAUCUUAUCCUUCACACGCUCAUCACACAUAUAUGACCUCAUCCAACAGUCAGGUGACCUCUGACCUCAAAUACAAGUCCAUUGCACUCUGAAUAAGUGGAGUUAUCUGGGAGGAUCAAUUGAAUGAUUGGUUACUGUCGCUCAUCACACGCUCUCUUUGACCCUCCUGAUCAGCCAGUCAGGAUGAGAGCCUGUAGCUGUGUGUUUGUGUGUGUGUGUAUGUGUGGGGGUGUGUGUGUGUUUACAUUUAAUUAAUAAAACAGGAGCACUCUAAUGCUUAUCAAUCUGUCUUAUCCUUUAAUUCUCUCUUCCUUCUGACUCGUGAGGCUUAAAUAUGCAUGAAGCACUUUUUUAUGUUGUGUUUGUGACUCUCUGUUGCUGUUUACUAGCCUUUACACUGUGCUCCCAAUGUUGCGCCUCUUUGCUUUCUCUCCAACUGGUUCAAAAGUGUCACUGAACUUAAACAAACUAAGCUUGCUUUCAAAUCUGGUUACACAACCUGCAGAAACAAUCUCUCCUCAAUAAUAAUAAAAAAAAACCACUAAUAAAAAAUGAUGCACUGUGAUUAUGAAACCGUGCGGUGUGUGAAAUUCCGUGUUUUUUUUUUUUGUUUUUUUUUAAAUCUAUCUGGAAAUAUUCCAGCGGAGGAGCUGAGAUGUUCUCCUGUAGCUUAAAUAUGCAGAAAUAGACGAAUGACAUGAAUGUUGGUUGGGGAAGUGCAAAAAACGUUUGUAUAAUUGUGUAUUGUUGGAUUGGAUCUCUGUGCAUGCUGUACUUGCCCUGUGUAGCAGCUGAGAAACACACUUAUCUUCUCAUGAGAACUCCUUUCAAUAAAGAGGACCGUAUGAGAGAAUUCAUGACGUGACUGUGUGAUAUCGUGGAGGGCUGCGAGCUUCUCUGCUGCCCCCUGCGGGUCAUUCUAUGCAUAUGCCUGAAUUUCACUUUGUUCCAACAACUCAGCCACAAGUAACACAGUAAAACAAAACAAAUCAAUAAGCAGAGCAACCAAGCAGCUAAUGCUGUUGCUUGGGAGUGGUGGCUGUAAUUAUCUAGGGGUAUACUAGUCCAGAUAAUUAGCUAAAGGUAAAAUGGGAACCCUUUUUAGUGGGCACUUAUUGAAAUACUUGGAAAUGACUAUGUAAGUAUAUUACACUAUACAUUAGAUCAGGGGUCACCAACGUGGUGCCCGCGGGCACCAGGUAGCCCCCCACGACGACAUGAGGUGCCCGCAAGCCUGCUUUUCAUUCAGGUUUUCAGUUAAUAAUGAAAGAGCAGUAGAAAGAAAUGUAUUCUGAAAUACAACAUGUGAGUUGUGGACACCAGCAUUUUGUUCAUGUUCUGGUAAAACAAGCAUAUUCGCUUUGUUUGGGUUUAAAAUAAGAUCUGAAAAUAAAUGUUACAAAAAUGAGUAGCUCUUGGCCAUUUACAUUUCGUAAAAGUAGCUCUCACAAGGAAAAACGUUGGUGACCCCUGCAUUAGAUGAAGU